CUCAAGUCUAAGGAGAUUGCAUAAUCAGCACACGCUCGCCGGUGUCUGCGCUCAUCCGUGAGAUAUCAGCCAUAUCAUCCAGCUUCAGAACACAAAAAGGGACAAUAAUCCAGCGGAACAUACUUGCAACCCACCCACGAAUACCUCUCGCCCCUCCCAACUUCAACACGAUGGUCUGCGCAACGGGGGAGCCCGACUGGAGCGGCACCACGCUUGCAACAUUCAACUUGACACUCCUCCAGAACCCCAGGCUAUGCACGUCAUGUACUUGCCCGCUUGAGCUUGAGGGCCUCCACCUCGGCGUUAUGUCAUAUUUCCCCUCGUUGGCCGGCAACGCCCUGUUCGCGGCCGUCUUCGGGCUCUGCCUACUCCCACAGAUCUACUUCGGCAUCCGCCACAAGACCUGGGGCUACCUGAUUGCCAUGUCGGGGGGGCUCAUCCUCGAGCUCCUCGGGUACAUUGCGAGGGUUCUGAUGCGCGAUAACAUGUUUACGGACGUAUUCUUUAUCAUGUACCUCGUCUGCCUCACCAUCGCCCCGGCCUUCCUCGCCGCAGCCAUCUACCUCAGCCUGUCACGACUAGUCGUCAUAUACGCGCCGGACCGCGCCCGCUUCCGGCCGCAGGUGUACACGUACAUCUUCAUCGGGUGCGACGUGGUGGCGCUCAUCCUGCAGGCGGCCGGCGGCGCCAUCGCGUCCAUCUCCGAGUUCGGCUCGCCCGCCCUCCGCGCCGGCAUCAACACCAUGAUCGCCGGCGUCGCCUGGCAGGUCGUCGCCCUCGCCCUGUUCGCCGCGCUCAGUUUUGAGUUCUGGAUGCGCGUCCGCUCUACCCCGACGGCUUCCCUCAACCCGGCUUUUGCGGAUCUACGCGCGCGGCGCUCGUUCCAGCCCGCGUUUCUUGUCGCUGUCGUCCUCACGGGUGUCUUCAUCUUUGUGCGCUCCGUCUUUCGGUGUGCUGAGCUCUCCGAGGGUUUCAAUGGCCCGCUGGCCAACGACGAAGUCACGUUUAUGGUGCUGGAGGGGACCAUGAUUGCCUUGGCCUGCAUUCUCCUGACGGUCUUUCACCCUGGCCUGGUAAUCGGUGCUAGGUGGUCAGCUGCGAGCUGGAAGAGCGUGAAAUCGGACGCGGAAAAGAUGGCGACGGAUACGGGGAGUGAAAGCCAGUAA